AUGUGUAAAAAGGAGAGGAUGGAGGUUGUUAGUAAGGAAUUGGGGUUUGAAGGGUGUGUGGCCGUAGAAGCGGCGGGGCAUAGUGGGGGCUUAGCGUUGAUGUGGACUAAUCAUCAGGCGAUCCAGUUACUCAGUUUUAGCUCUAAUCACACUGAUGUUGAGAUUUGUAUAGCUGGACAUCCUAAGUUUCGUUUGACUGGUUUCUAUGGCGAGCCUCGUCGUCAGUUAUGUCCUCAAUCAUGGUCGUUGAUUCGUCGAUUAGCGCAGGUGUCACUCUUACCUUGGUGUGUUAUUGGAGAUAUGAACAAUGUGUUGUCUCAAGAUGAUAAGAGAGGUGGUAGAAGUUAUCCGGCCUGGCUUGUGCAGGGGUUUCAAGAUGUAGUGGCUGACUGCAAUCUGUUAGAUAUGGAUUUGAUGGGAUAUCCUUUUACGUGGGAGAAGGGUAGAGGCAGUCAGAAUUGGGUUGAAGUUAGACUGGAUAGAGCUCUUAUUUGUGGUCGUUGGCAGAGCCUUUUCCCUCACGCUAGAUUGGUUAAUAUGGAAGUGUCGCUGUCUGAUCAUACCCCCCUUUGGCUUGACAUUGGGCUCUCAAAGAAGAAAAGCUUUGUUAGAACAUUCAGAUUCGAGAAUGCUUGGGCCAGGGAGCCUAUGUGCCGUCAAAUUAUUCAGGAUAUUUGGUUGCGGUAUCAAAUGGACCCUCUUUAUCCUAAAAUCAAGUGUUGUAGUACGGCGCUGGCGGAGUGGGGUCGCAAUAUAAUUGGCUGUUUCAAAGAGAGAAUAACCCAGUGUAACAAAAUUCUGAGGCAGAUCAAGGGUAGAAGGGAUGAGGAAGCUGUAGUGCGGUAUAAGGAGGUCCAUGCUCAAUUAUUUGAGGUCCUUUCACAAAAAGAAGUUUACUGGAAGCAGCGGUCAAAGCAAAUGUGGCUCCAAGCGGGUGAUCAGAACACGAAAUAUUUCCAUGCUUGGGCAAACAUAAGAAGGAGAAGGAAUCAGAUUCGGUCUCUAAAGGAUGUUGAGGGCAGGUCAGUUGAUUGGGACAGUGGUCUGGAUAAGCUUAUGGUGGAUUAUUUCUCAGAAUUAUUUACCGCGUCUGACACUUGCUGGGAUAGAGUCAUCUCAGGCGUUCAGGGGCAGAUUUCAGAGGAGUUGAAUCAUACUUUGAUGGCCACUAUUGACAAGGACGAAGUGAGAGCAGCCCUUUUUCAAAUGCACCCAGAUAAAUCACCAGGACCAGAUGGGUUCAAUCCAGGCUUCUAUCAGAAAUACUGGGAUAUUGUGGAACCUGAUGUUUUGAGCGUUGUGCAGGGCUUCUUUGAGCGUGGAGUGUUUGAUGACCACCUGAUGGAGACUAAUAUUGUGCUGAUACCCAAAAAGUCACAACCUGAAUCUAUGAGUGACUUAAGACCAAUUGCCUUGUGUAACAUUAUAUACAAGAUUGUCUCCAAGGUGCUGGCUAAUAGGUUGAAGAUUGUUCUGCAUCAUGUUAUUUCUGAGUCUCAGAGUGCCUUUAUCCCAGGAAGACUUAUUACUGAUAAUAUAUUAGUAUCUUUCGAGGUGAUGCACUAUAUGAAGAGGAAAAUGGCGGGGCACAAAGGAGUGAUGGCCAUAAAACUAGACAUGAGUAAAGCGUAUGAUAGAGUGGAGUGGGGUUUCCUCAGAGCUAUGUUACACAAGAUGGGUCUAAACGAGCACUGGAUCAAUCUGAUAAUGGUUUGUGUUAGUAAGGUGAAAUAUAAAAUCACGACGGAAGGCAAAGAACUGGGUCCCAUUAUUCCCAGUAGAGGGCUUCGUCAAGGGGAUCCUCUAUCACCAUAUUUGUUCCUUAUAUGUGCUGAAGGUCUAUCUGCCCUCAUAGCUGACUUUGAGCGACAAGGUAAAAUUAAAGGGUGUAAAGUGGCAAGAACAGCCCCAGUGAUUUCCCAUAUGUUUUUCGCAGAUGAUGCCUAUUUAUACUGCAGAGCAACACAGGAAGAGGCUACUCAUGUCAUGGAAGUCCUGAAAUUAUUUCAGAUGGCAUCUGGUCAACAGGUUAAUUUACAUAAGUCCUCAGUGUUCUUUAGUGCUAACACAGUUCCAGAUAUGAGGAAGGAUAUUUGCUCUAUUUUGAAUAUGAAUGAAGCGUCUGUUAAUACUAUGUAUAUGGGAUUACCAAAUAUACUAGGCAGGAGGAAGAGUGCAAUUUUGGGAUUUCUAAAAGAUAGGAUGCGUGCAAAAAUUCAGAGCUGGGAGAGCAAGUUUUUAUCAAAAGCUGGUAAGGAACUUCUUAUCAAAUCGGUGGCCCAGUCACUCCCAUCGUACGCAAUGAGUGUAUUUCUUAUUCCAGUGGGUUUGUGUAAGGAUAUGGAACAGCUUAUGUGUAAGUUUUGGUGGAAAACAGAUCCCAGGAACAAUCGUGGCAUCCAUUGGCAAAACUGGGAUAAACUAUCGAUACAUAAAUCUAAAGGAGGAAUGGGGUUUAGGAGUCUUCAUGAUUUUAACUUGGCUUAUCUAAGCAAGCAGGGGUGGAGACUAAUUUGUAGACCCCAAAGUUUGGUAGGUAGGUUGUUCAAAUCAAGAUAUUUUGCCAAUGGUACUUUUCUCUCAGCCGAACUUGGGAGUAAUCCAAGCUAUGUGUGGAGAAGCAUGUUUGAAGCUAUUUCUCUGGUUAAAGAUGUAGCCCGAAUGAAGGUGGGUAAUGGUGGUUCAAUUCGUAUGGGCAUAGACCCCUGGCUGCCGUGUGAAAACCAUUCUACACCUAGGGGUCUCCACGAUUCUUUGAAGAAUAAUCUGGUUAAAUCCCUCUUGGAUCCGGUCACGAAGGAGUGGGAUAAAGACUUGAUACUGGACCUAUUUCAACCUGAAGACGCCUACCUUAUUCUGAGCAUUCCCCUUAGUACUAACACAGAUGAUACAUGGUAUUGGGCUCUUGAAAAGUCAGGCAAUUUCUCAGUCAAAAGCUUAUAUCGGCUCUUGCAGGAAAGAAGGGAAGAUGCGGCUAUGGCGGCACACGCAGAUCUCUGGGUUAAAUUAUGGAAGCUUAGAAGUCCUCCCAAGGUGAAAGACUUGCUUUGGCGUUCAUCAACAGGUUGUCUCCCCACAAGAAUGCAGCUUAGCUUGAAGCAUGUUGAUAUUGAGAUGAAUUGCCCUUAUUGCCCCUUUGAACCUGAAUCAAUUACACAUUGCCUCAUCAAUUGCCCCUUUGUUCAUAAUUGUUGGAGACGUUCUGGGCUGGCUGUUGAAAGCCCGUUCUUGGGUUCGUUUGGAAACUGGUUAGAUCACUGCCUGCGCGAUAAGGAUGAGAGUGAGUGCCAAAAAAUUGCCUCUCUGCUAUGGAGUAUAUGGCGUACGCGUAACAACUUGGUGUGGCAUCAUAAAAAGAUGUCUCCAGCUUCUGUUGUCUUCUUGUCCAGCUCAAUGCUUAAUCAGUGGAUCCAGGCACAAAACAAGAUUGAGGUGCCUCUUGCUGCUUUCUUGACUGAUGCAGAUGGCGCAGAUACAUGGCAAAAACCAUCUGCUGGAGGUAUAAAAAUAAAUGUGGACACAGCUAUUUUCUCCAAUUUUGGCUCUUUCAGCUAUGCUUGUAUUGCUAGAAAUGAAGCAGGGAAUCCUAUUGAGGCAAUAACUAGCUGUAAGCAGGGGUCAAUGUCUCCAGAACUAGCAGAGGUCAUGGGGAUCAGGGAAGCCUUAAGUUGGAUCAAACAGAAGAAAUGGUCGAAUGUUACAAUUGAAACCGAUUGCCUACUGGUGAUACAAGCUCUUCGCAGCAAUGCUACUAUGGCCUCAUACUUUGGUGAUAUUGUAUUCGAAUGUAAAAGAUUGAGCCAAGUGAGUAGUAAUAUUUCUAUUGUUUUUGUAAAACGGUCCGCAAAUAAGGUGGCUCAUGCGUUAGCUCGAGCAUCUUAUAUUCCCGCUGAUCGUAUUUUUAAGGUGGGGGAUAUCCCAUCCUCUAUUAUGGAUGUAUUGUUGAAUGAAGUUUGA